CCGUUCGGGCCGUCUAUUCCCCACAUCCGUUCCCCGCACAAAUUGAGGCGAAUGGUCAGGUGGGGAAGGUAUAAAAGUCAUAGGUGCCGUACACAUGCGUUCGUGCUCUCUUCCCAUUACAUACGCAGCGCACCAUGGAGGGAGGAAGUAGAUUCCAGAAUAUCCGGGUCUAUUGGCUUGCAUUCAUCGUAUAUUGGGGAAUCGUGCUAUUCGGUUAUGAUACCGGUGUUGGCGGUGGCGUUGUCAAUAAUACGUACUUCCAGAAGCAUUUUGGAAUGUACAAUGCCGAUGGGACGAAGAAUACCAGUAAAGUAAACAACAUCUCAUCCAAUGUUGUGUCCGUUCUUCAGGCUGGAGCUUUUUUUGGCUCCUUGGGUAGCGUUGUGAUAUCGCCCAAAUUUGGGAGAAGAUACACUCUGCUCAUGUAUUCUCUUAUCUUCUGUAUCGGCGCAAUUCUGACAACUGUAGCCGCCUCCCCAUCAAACGGUCUUGCCCUCAUAUACACAGGGCGAGUCAUCUCUGGUAUUGGAAUAGGUGGGAUCUCGGCUGUAGCUCCAGCUUAUGUCUCCGAGUGUUCGCCCAAAGAGGUCCGAGGACGGAUCACUGGGAUGUUCCAGAUCAUGGUGGCCACUGGAGUCAUGCUGUCUUACUUCAUAAAUUAUGGCCUUGGCAUUCACAUUGCCAGUGGCACGAAUAUAUGGAGGAUCCCAUUCGGAUUCCAGCUCGUGCCUGCUGGUAUCAUGGGCUUUGGAUUGUUGACCAUUAAGGAAUCGCCUCGUUGGCUCGCGUCAGUUGACCGAAAAGAUGAUGCCCUCAAGAACCUUGCCUAUCUACGAAAACUUCCACCCACCUCUGAGCAAGUCCUGCAUGAGAUGGCCGAAAUCGAAGCCGUUGUUGAGGAAGAGCGCCUAGCUCGCGAAGGUCUGCAUUGGAAGGAAGCCUUUUUCGGAAAAGGCAACUUCAUUCGAUUCGUGAUCGCGUUCGUCAUUUUCCUCUUACAGCAAUGGUCGGGUCAAAAUUCUGUAAACUACUACGCUCCCCAGAUUUUCGCAUCCAUCGGUUAUACUGAUAACAAGAACUCCCUUCUAGCAUCUGGAAUCUACGGUGUUAUCAAAGUAGUAUCCACGUCCUUGUUCAUCUUCUUUGGGGUUGAAUGGCUUGGACGGAAACUAUCCUUGACGAUAUCUGCCUUUGGAAUGGGUGUCUUGUUCUAUAUCGUUGGGGCACUCCUAAAAACACACCCACCACCUGCGACUAGUUCCACCGAUACCUCAGUGGUAUCCCCCCAGCCGGCCAGCCAAGCCAUGGCGGGCAUGUUGUAUAUAUAUGUUUGCUUCUACUCAAUGGGAUGGGGACCACUACCGUGGGUUUACGUAUCAGAUAUCUUCCCGACCAGGACAAGGCAUUAUGGGUUAGCAUUGGCAACUGCUUCUCAGUGGCUGUGGAAUUUCGUCGUAUCCAAGUUCACUCCAGAUAUGGUCACCAAUCUGGGUUGGAAACUUUUCAUAAUGUUUGCCACCGUAAACGUUGGUGCAAUGGGCCUAUUUGCUAUUCUAAUCCCGGAGACGAAGGGCCGUAGUCUUGAAGAUAUGGAUGUUAUAUUCGGUGCUAUUACCAAGGAAGAGCGGAACAAGAAUAUCAUCAAGCAAGAACACGAACUUGAAGCGGAUAUUCACGAUCACUUGGGCGUGUCCGAGAAGGUCUGAUCUCCAAAAUGCUCCAAACUUAUAACAAACAGCGCGCGAAUGAAACACUGCUGUGUGAAUGACUUCGAUUAUGUGCAGUAUUAUAUACAGCGCCUAUUGUAUUUUUAAUCAAAUCGUCUGCGGUUCUUGAUGAUUGACUAAAUCAUCCAAACGUAGUAAAUUUCGCGUCAGGCAGAUCGGUGACGAU